GAAAACCCAAACGCCGCUUCUGCUUUAAAAAAAUUCAAAUUCUUCCUCGAAGAUUCUUCAUUCCUCUUAAUCAUCAUACCUAUCCAUCUCUAUGACUUCGACUAUGGCGGUUCUCUCGUCUCAAACCAAAUCGGAAAAUGCAACGCUUUUCAAGAAUCACAAACCCUUAUCGUCUCCUUCGAACUCUUCUACGCUCGCCUCACGCUCAUCAUCUCCCACACAUUUGACCAUUUACGGGCGCUCUCACUCUCCGCCGUCCCGUUCCCUGUGGUCUCCGUACGAACGGCCGACUCCGCCAGGACCUUCAAUCUCUGCCCUGAAGAAGCAGAGCCACGGCGGAAGGUUAGUCUCUAGCCGAAAGAGGACGUGCGUGUGUUCCCCUACGACGCACCCCGGCUCGUUCCGGUGCUCACUCCACAAGAAAGUGGCGCGAAGUGCUAACGAUCAAACGGCGUCGUGUAGUACGAGUAGGCUAUUGAGCUAUAGAAGAUCGGCGAUGCUGAACUCGUUGGUGAGGAUCGGUGGAGUAGAAGGAGAGGACUUGGUGAGGAGAUCUUUAUCGUCUCCGAUAAGACCGUCUUCGCACAAUCAACGGCGGCUCGUCGCUUUCGAGCCGCGGCCUAGCCGACUCUCUGUCAUGACCAAAGCCUAAGAUUCUUGAUUCUUCCAGUCAUGGUUCAUUUUCUUUUUGGUAGUUGUAUAGAAUAUUUCUUUAGUUGAAAUAUUGAUAGGGUUGUUUUCUGAUGAUUUUUUAAUUCUUGAAAACAAAUAACAGAUUGUUUGACAAUUAUUUAAUUGUUUUUUGUGUACGUAACUGUGAAUUUAUUUAUUUAUUUCAUUAAAAAUAUAAUUACGUUAACUUUUUCAUUGAAGAUUGAGUUUCUCGAUCGAUUAAAAUCAA